CCAAUUUUCAUCAACCGCAACGGGCUGUUCGUUCGUUGGUGUGGAAGGCGCGAGCGAAGUGGAACACAGGAUGGCGUCCAAGAAAGGGAGCGCGGCUCCCACGCCGAAACGAAAGGUGGGGCCAAUCGACGUGACAAAGGAACAAGAAGCAGAAAUUCGACAGGACUUGCUCAAGGAGUGCGCCAACAAGCUGCAAACCAUGAUUGCAGAGCGCGAUGUGAACAUGCUGUUUGCCAACCCGGUGACGGAUGACAUUGCGCCCAUGUACAGCACCAUCAUCGCCAAGCCGAUGGACAUGAGCACCAUGCAGGAAAAGAUCGACAAGGGCCAAUACAAGUCCCUGCGCGACUACAAGGCCGACUUUGACCUGAUGAUGAAGAACUGCUUCACCUACAACGCGCCCGACACGUUUGUGUAUCAGGAGGGCCGACGUGUGCAAAAGUACGGCACGAAGACAAUCGCGCGGGAAAUUGAACGCUUCCACCGCGAGCUCUCCAAGCGCCUCAAGCGCGCGUCAGAGGGCCUUCCCGUGAAGAAGAAGCCCAAGGCAAGCCCGCAGCACGGAAAAGGCGCGAAAAGCAAAGGUGCCGGCGUCGCUGCUGUGUCGCCUGCCACGCCGGCCAGCCCUGCAAGCGGCGAGGGCGGGUCACGCGUUGUGGGUGGGCCCGUGCCGUUUUUGCCGUCGCUCGCUGCAUCGGGUGCGUCCACACCGCUGCACGCGUCGACCGGCACCGGAACAUCGCCGUUGUCGUCGUCAGCGGCGUCGGCGAAGAAGAAGAAGAAGGCUGGCACGGCUGCUGUGACGCCGGGGCCAGACGGGCGCGGGGGGAAAAAGAAGGGCAGGAAGCCAAAGGUGAAGCAGCAGGAACAGCAGCAACAGCAGCCGCAGCUGCCCGUCAUAUUGCCCGCCGCCGAACGCGCAGCAAAACGCGCCGCCAAGAACCUCAAAGCUCGCAGAAAGCGGACGUCGCUUGGGUACGUGACGCUUGACAGCGACGGUUGCGUCUACCACUGCCUCACGGGACUGGAGCGAGACUACGGUGCGCGGCCGACGCUUCGAAUGCCGCGCUCGACAUACACGGCGGGAUCGCGGCCAGACCGCAGCCAGGGCAACAUCGGGGAGCGGAUGAUGGCAUCGCCGGAGUACGGGUCGUGCGUGCAUGUGCUCGGCUCGUCGCCAAUUGCGCUGAACCACACGCUCGCACCAACGCCGCCGGUGCCGUCAGAACUGCCUGCAAGCAUCACGCCAGGCACGCGGGAGUACUGUGCGAGUCUGUUUCAGUUUCUGAGCGUUCGGGGCAAGCUGCCGGAUGCGCUGCUGGGACGCGCGGACGAGAAGGCGAAGGAGAAGCAACAAGAGAAGCACAAGGACAACGGCAAGGCAAAGGAGAAGGCAAAAGAGCAACAGGAGCAGAAGGGAAAGAAGCAAGAGAAGGAGAAGGGAAAGGAGCAAGACAAGGUGCAUGUGCAGGACACAACCGAGGGAGGUGACGGUGGUGAAACGAAGGAUGCGGCAGUGACGAUGCCGUCACAGAUGCAGACGGAUGAGGAAGAGGGAGAGAAAUCGACGAAGGAAGCGAGCGUACAGCAACAACAACACCAUGGAGACGGGCAGGAACAAGCAAGUCAAGAGCUGCAGCAAUCGGCGAAUGGCGCUGCUUCUGUGCCGACAACAGCAGCACAAGCCCCUGUAGCAGCAGCGGCAGCGGCAGUAAGUGAGAUGACAUCGAAACAGGGGUCUCCGUCCCAGGACGCGAAGUCCAAGGAAGGCGAUGAUGCUGACACUUCGAAGGCGGAACAAGCACAAGCGCAGGAGGGAGGAGGGAACAAAGAAGGACCGGAGGAGAAGCAGAAAACAGACGAGGAGAAGAAGGAAACAGGAGAAGGCGAGAAAGGGCAGCAGUCGGAGGGACGGUUGCUGGAGGACAAGGAAGGCGAUGGUGAAGACAACGCCAAGGCAAUGGAUGAGGGGGGUGACGAAGGCGGUGAUGGCGCUGGUGCUGGCGAAGGGGAGGUGGCAGAGGAAGCAGCGCCCGGACAAGAGGACGAUAAGCGCAGCGAGCAAGCGUUAGCGGUGGAGGCCAAAGCUGAGAAGGAGGAAGCUGCCACAACAGGUGACAAGCAAAGUGGUGAUGAUCAGGAAGAUGGUGGUGCUGAUGGUGAGGAAGAAGCGAAGGCGACGAAUGUGAAUGGCGACGCCGCAGACACGCAGGAAGACGGCGAAGAGAAGGGCAGUGAAGGACGGGAAGACAGCAGCAGCGCAGAUGCGACGGAAAAGGGGGAGGAAGCAAAGACGGAGCCGGACGAGAAGAGCGGAGACAAGAAGGACGAGAAGUGUGGAGACGAGAAGGACGACGAUGAUGAUGGUGAUGGUGAUGGUGUUGAUGCCAUGGACACAGCUGCAGAUGAGGGUGACGCUGACAAGGAAGCGUCGGCAACAACAGCGUCGACACCAACAGUAACAGCAACAGAAACAGCAGCAACAGAAACAACAGCAACAGAAGCAGAAGCAGCAACAGCGACGGAAUCGGAGAGCGAACCUGGCGCAGAGGCGGCAUUGCAGGCGCGAGCGGAACAAGAAGACGAGCAAGGCGGGAAGACGGAAGGCAAGCCAGAGGGUGGCGAUGAAGGCAGAGGGGAAGCAGCAGCCACGCCAACGACAGGGCAGCAGCCGAAGGAGGAGGCGAUUGUGGAGGAGGAGGAGGAGGAGGAUGAAGCAGUAAAGGGAGACGCGAUGGAUGUUGGCGGUGACGACGACGACACGAAGGAGGAAAAGGGAGCAGAAGAGAAGCAAGACACACGGGAAGCAGGCACGGCUACGCAGGAGGGAGAGGGCAAGGAGCAAGGAGCGGAGAAAGAGAAGAAGACAGGCAAAGAUGAGGAGCAGCAAGAAAAGGGGCACAAGGACGAAACUGAAGAAGAGAAGGGGGACAAGGACGAAGAUGAGGGCGAAGGCAAAGGCAGAGACGAAGAUGAAGAUCAAGAUGAAGAUGAAGAUCAAGGCGAAGCGGAAUCGGCCGCACAGGGACAGGACGGCAGUGACUCGCAGCGAGAAGACAGCACCAGCGUUGCAGCACGACAAGAAGCAGAACACAACGGCCAAGCGUCGCCAUCACCAUCGUCCUCACCAUCAUCAUCACCAUCACCGUCCUCGCCACGGGUAAAUAUGGCGGAGAAGUUUGUGUUUCACUUUGCGAACCACGUGACGCUGGGUGCGCUGGCGGGGCAGCCGGAGGUGGUGGAGGAUCGACCCGUGUACACCAAGGAGGGCAUCAUCAAGGAGAGCGUCGGCGUCAUCGAAGCUGCUGUGCAAGACCGGAUCAACUUUGUUGCGCGCGGGCUCAAGUGCCUGGACGACUGCCUUAAGGCGCGCAAGUCGUAUGCGGCCAACCACCCUAUCCCGCCCAGCCCCGAGGAGCAGGAGCUUGCAACGGAGCUCAUUUCGCAGCUGCAAGGCCUCGUCAGCUACUCUGGGAUGUGUCGCAGCGCCCGGCACGCCGCGUCGUCGACGGGCCGCCCAUCAUCCGCCGCCAGCACAUCGGCAGCAAUGCAGGCGGCGUCGGCAUCGGCGUUUGCUUCGUCCUCCCCCUCCUCAUCGUCGUCGCGACCAACGGCUGGCAGGCACCCGUGAUACCAGCCCUGCUGUGCGACGCAUAUGUGUUUGUGUUUGUGUUUGUGUUUGUGUUGUGGUGUUUGUGCGUGUGAUUACGAUACCAGGUCUCUCCUAUUGUUGUUCUGUUCAUGGUCACCUUGUUACCCUCCUUCAUAGCCAAUGUCAUAUCACAACCACCUUCUCUGCUGGUGUAACCCCAAUGAAUACACAGAGAAGCACGUGAG